GCGCUCAAACUAGGAGGAUGGCAUCAACAAGCAAGUUGCAGAGUUUGGAUGACGUCAGGAGAAAUGCCAACGAGUAUAGUGCUGUGCAACUUGGCACUAGCAGAGGGGAGAAGUGCUACAAGUGUGAAGAAUGCAGCAAGCAGUUCAGUAAGUUAGCCUAUCUGAAGAAACACAAGCGGACUCACACAGGGGAGAAACCCUACAAGUGUGAGGAGUGCAGCAAGCAGUUCAGUCAGCUGAGCCAUCUAAAAACUCACAUGCACACUCACACAGGAGAGAAACCCUACAUGUGUGAGGAGUGCAGCAGACAGUUCAGUCAACUGAGCCAUCUAAAAACGCACAUGCACACUCACACAGGUGAGAAACCGUACAGGUGUGAGGAGUGCAGCAGGCAGUUUAGUCUGCUGGGUGAUCUUAAAACUCAUAUGUGGAAUCACACAGGAGAGAAACCCUACAGGUGUGAGGAGUGCAGCAGGCAGUUCAGUCGACUGAGUACUCUGAAGAAACACAUACAGACUCAUACAGGAGAGAAGCCCUACAGGUGUGAGGAGUGCAGCAAGCAGUUCAGUCAGCUGGGUAAUCUGACAAGACACAUGCGCACUCACACAAGAGAGAAACCCUACAGGUGUGAGGAGUGCAGAAUGCAGUUCAGUGACCUGGGUCAUCUGCAGAGACACAAACGGACUCACACAGGGGAGAACCCAUACAGGUGUGAGGAGUGCAGCAGGCAGUUCAGUCGACUGAGUACUCUGAAGAAACACAUACAGACUCAUACAGGAGAGAAGCCCUACAGGUGUGAGGAGUGCAGCAAGCAGUUCAGUCAGCUGGGUAAUCUGACAAGACACAUGCGCACUCACACAGGAGAGAAACCCUACAGGUGUGAGCAAUGCAGAAUGCAGUUCAGUGACCUGGGUCAUCUGAAGAAACACAUGCGGACUCACACAGGGGAGAAGCCUUACACGUGUGAGGAGUGCAGCAGGCAGUUCAGUGAGCUGGGAAGUCUGCAGAAACAUAUGCGGACUCACACAGGGGAAAAGCCUUAUAAGUGUGAGGAGUGUAGCAAACAGUUCAGUGUGCUGGGUAAUCUAAAGACUCACAUUCGAACUCACACAGGUGAGAAA